AUGCAAGUUGAAAGGUAUCAUCCAUCAUCGGCAAAAGCUGAUAAUUCAAUCUUGUCCGUUGAUAUCAGCCAAGGUGGCACUGUUGCAUGUGGGAUCGAUCAUGGAGUCGUCGAUGUGCUGGAGCUAUCCAACAAACAAACAAUUCGAACCUUGCCUCCUCCUAAUUGGGUAGAAGAUCAAUCAGAUUAUGGAUGCAAUAGCGUUAUUUUUGCCAAUGGAAGCCAGCAUGUCUUAUAUUGCAAUGAUGACCGACGAAUCUUCAAGUAUGACUUACGUCAACAGAAUCCUUUAUGCAGCUCUUUCGAUUACAAUAAAGAGGAAAUUAAUCAAAUCGCUGUAAAUUGCACGGAAUCUCAUUUAGCUGCUUGUGACGAUGCUGGAUUUAUUGUCGUUAUCGAUUUACGAAAUGGAGCUGUUUAUAUGGAUAAAUGCUGCCAUGAUAGCAUUUGUUCGUGCGUUCAAUUCUUACCAAAUCAGCCCUUCAAGUUGAUCUCGGCUGGUAUGGAUUGUAAAUUGAAUUACUACGACAUCGAUAGUGAAGAAAAUCCUACGGUUUUGCAAACGAUCAACAUUAACGAUAUAAGUCCAUCGGAAUCAAAUCAUGCGACGAUGGUCAAUCCACCAUUUAUUCAUCAUCUUGACGUCGCAUGGAAUUCUAAUCGAAUUGCAUGUGCAACUAAUGAUAGUAACAUUUAUGUAUUUGAAACUGAUUAUGAGGAAGAUGAAUUAGUUCACACGCAAUGUUUAAGUGGCCAUUCGCUAUGUGCUAAUCAAUCUCACUUUACCAGGUGGCAAUCUACAAACUACCUUGUAAGCGCAGGCAAUGACGGUAAACUUAUGCUUUGGGAUUUACUAAGUGAUGGUAGCGAUGAAAAUGAAGAUGAAGAAUGUGAAUAUCCUGCUCCUGUGGUGAUUGAUCAUAAGUGUAAAGUCAAUUGGAUAGCUUCAUCUGAUGCACCAUCUCAAAUAAUCAUGGUGUCUGAUUUAUCGCCGUCAAUUACACUAUAUUCAAACAUAGGUUGUCCAUCGUAA